AUGUCACACCUUCUCAGCAUCCACCUCGAGCAGAUAGCCCUCUCUUGCCAGGGCAUCGAAUCGCUCCCCCCGACCCCGCCGCCGCCGCCGCGUCAACAUUCCACCCCCAAGACCGCCGCAAGACCGUCUUUCGCCGUCUCGUCGGGCGAGGUCACGACGGGCGGCGGACCGACGGGUCGCCCGGCGCGGCGCAACACGGCCGUUGCGGCCGUGCUGGGCGGAGACCUCCACGCGCAGCUGGCGCGGCGCCGGGCGGGCGACGACGUUGACGUCGAGGUCCUGCUACGGGGCGCCGAGAAGCUGUGCGGCGUGUACGCACUGCCUGGGGCCGAGGCGCGGAUCGCGGCGCUGCGGGGGCGGUGGGGGCGGAACGCCAACACGGCUGCGUACUACGAGGCCCGGGUCGCCGAGCAGACGGCGAGUAUGGAGCGCACCAAGGGCCAGUGGGGUUACGAGGACGAGGAGGACGAGGAGCAGGACGAGGAGGAGGAUGGCGGCGCGCAUGACGGGCAUGUCAUGACGGAGGAGGAUCUGCGGGCGGAGGAGGAGGAGGUGCGGGAGCUCGAGCGGAAGAAGAGGGAGCUCCAGGCGCGGCUGAGGGCCAUGGACAAGGAUCUCGGAGGGCUGCUUCACAUGUGA